CAUCUUGUCGGGCGGGUAAUGCUGCCAGACACACAGUUUGCAAUGGCCAUGGUUCUCGCAAGCCUCCUCCUUGUCACCUCGCUUCCGCUCGUGAUUGCAGCGACGGGCAACAGCAGCACGCAUCUCGUGCCCUACUACACGGACCCGGCGACGUACGCGGCACUGCUCCAAACGUCGUCGUCGAGGAGCUGCGCCUUUGGUAGCUUCCCAUGCCUCGAUGGCAGCACCGCGUGCAUCGAUCCGCUCGGAUUUGCUGGGUGUGUGUUUGACACCUUGACCACCAUCACCCUCGAUACGAUCGCCCCAAGCUUUUUCAGCAUGGUACAAGACUUUACCGACGACCCGGUCAAGUUUGCAGUCGAUUUUGCCAACGAGACCGUCACGUCGGCGGUCAAUAAUCUGAUCGAGUGCCGCAAAGUCCUCAGUGGCGAGCCCCCGAGCUGCUCCCAACUCGCUUCGUUCAAGUCGUGCGUCGACACGGCGUCUCUCACGCUCUCGGUUGCCAAGAUCGGGGCCAAGGGGCUGGCUAAAAAAGCUAUCAAACGCAUCGAUGACGGCCUCGGCAAGGUAUCGAAGGUCACCGGUUUCGUCAACGACCAGUGCAAAACGGGCUGCAAGACAGGCGAAUGCAGCGGUGAGUCGUUGGAGUACCGCGAGCCUCCUGGAUGCCAGUGCAAGUCGCUCAUGCUGGAUGCCAGAGACCAAUAUCACUUUACGACGACCCCAUCCGACUGCGCCACCAACGCCGCUCUCUUUGUGAUCGACGAAUACGGCGACAAGAAGCUCGACGAUAAAGUUCACUUUCCAUACAUGGGCUGCUACGUCGGCACCGAGGACGAGCCGUCCGACUGGCGCAAUUGCUCCAAAGCGUACGCUUCCAGCAUGUUCCCGGGGGCAGUCUUUGUUCGGUGCGUCGACCAGUUUGGCAAGCAGCGCAACCUUCAACGAGAGCAAGCCCAAGUGCUCAUUUUGCUGGGGCCGGCUGCGUACUACUUGCACAAGAAGAGCGAGAAAAAAGAAAAGCAGACGACCACCGAUGUCAAGCCCACGGAAGGCUCGGCCCCACACGUCGCCGCUUCGGUAGACCCGACUCCUCCCCGAGUCUAGUCUAUAUAUAUGCAUUUUACUAGAGUACAUAUUUUCACUUUACCAAUUUGUUGCUGAG